UCCAGGAACUGCUCCACCUAACCCACGAGGACUCUAGUAUAUAAAGACCUCACCCCCCAGGGGCAAAGGUAUGCGAAAAAGGAUGGAUAACCUCUGCUCUCUAGCUCUUUCAUUCUCAGCUCGCUACUAAGUGAUGACUUAGCCAUCGGAGUGACCUCGCCAGGUAAACACCCCCGGGUUCUCUGAUCCAGUUCGUGCAGGUCCCUCAGUUCCCGCCGUCUAUAGAGAUGAGCAGAUCAUCUCCAGCAGGAAGUAGCGGGUUCAGUUCCCGUCACUUCACCUCCUGUAGGGAGCAGCCGGUUGCACUACGCUAGGGAGCUCCACUUCAGCCCCUGAGUCACAGGCCACUUGGGAACGACGAGAUGACGAGGUACUUAGCCAAAAAGUGAUACGUGACCGGAACCGGUUACAUCAACAAUCAUCUGAUAUAAACCAUCCAUGUGAUAGAUUAUAGGCCUUACACUUAUCAAAGUAGUGAAUUGAAACGUUUUUUUAUUAGUUUGAUUUUUUCCCUUUUAAGAUUUACAUUUGUCUUCUUUAUAUCAGAUGUCAUUUUUCUUGCCCUCUUUUUCCUGUUUCGGUUCCUUUAUGAUCUUUCAUCAAUGCAGAAAAGGAAAAGCAAGGAGGGGAAAAUCAACGCCAGAAACAGAAAUGCAUUUUGUCCAAUAUAGACGGCUAAAAAGUAAAAUAAACAAAGAAAAGCGAUCGAAUAUCGCUUUAUGUAGAAAACAAAUAGAUACUUUACUCCAAUUAAGAGAGAAUUUAAGAUCUAAAACGAAAAAGCAAAGAAUAUGAGUGAAAUAUAAGGAACCUUUGAGAGAGAAAAAACCCUAAGAAGGAGUAGUAGGAGAAGCUUCAGAACCUCCACUUUCGAGCCUGGGAAGUAACGAACUAUAGUGUAGAGCAUUAUAUAAGAUGCUGAAGCCAUAGAGUGAGAGAACCUAACCAAUUGUGUGAAUCCCGCCUGACGGACUUUGAAGUCCAAAGACUUAACGAAGAUGAAGAAGGGGAGAGCAGCGAGCUUUGCCUUUUGCCUUUUUGUUGCUCUGGAGAUGUCCGGUUUCUCAAUCUCAAGCGCCGAAGAAGCUCUCCCGCCAAAACUGAAGCAGGAAAAUUGCAAUUACACGGUGGCAAUCGAGACGACAUGCGCAAAGGGUGCGGAGACAUCAAACGUGGUGAGCCUAAGAUUUGGGGACAUCCAAUCCAACGACGUCCUGGUCCGCCAUCUGAACUCGAAGCACGUGAGAAGGGUGGACCCACUGUAUCCGGCGGUCCUGGACGAAGUACCCAGAAAACCAUUCGAAGCGUGCACGGUAGACGAGUUCCGAGUAACGGGCCCCUGCGUCCAGUCACCGAUUUGCUAUCUAUAUCUCAAGUCUGUUGGGGGCGACAGUUGGCGACCAGGUCUUGCACAAGUCCGUGUGUCAUCGGCUACACCAUCACAUCUCUCCUCAGAUUAUUUCUACUUCCGUCGGUACCUCCCUAAGCACGUGUGGCAUGGAUUUGACACGUGCGACAAAGAAGUUACCCCCUUUGGGAUCAAAUAUCAUAGGAAGGUGUUUGGUGUUGGUGAUAAGAAGCACGCUUGACUUCACACUUAACAGUUUCUUAUACUUUCUUUAUGAUAUUGAUAUGUAAUUAAUUACUCUCUUUAUCAUUCCGAUAAAUUUUGGCAACUUCUAUGAUGCCGGAAAUAUAUCAUACCAAUCAGAUCACGCAAA